AUGUCGUCAAACGAGGCUCACAUCGCCAGAUACCGCGCAGCUAUCACCCGCUUCGAGAACCGCCGCGCCACUGCCACCCCCGCUAAUGUAGAAGUCUAUAAUAUCUGCAUUACUACCCUCAACGCUCAAAUCACCCACCUCGAGACGCUCGACCCCAAGGCCGACGUGGUCAAGGAGACGGGCAAGGAGGACGACGUGGAGGUCUGCCUGCUCCUGGACGAGCUACAGCAGAGUGGAGACGUACUCAGGCAAGCUCCUGGGCCGAAUGGUGGAUUCCUCGCCAUGUUCAAUAACUUGAACAAUGUCUAUGGGGACCUGUGGGAAAAGUGCCGAGAGCAGAUCCUUGAGAUUGGCAAGAGGCAGUCGGAGUAA